GUACUUGUUAAAUGUGGUUUAGACUAUUAGAAUCCUUGAAUGUUCAUUGGAACCGAAGUACGUAACGUGGCUUGAGCCCGCCCAUUUAUUGGAAAGGGCGUUUGACACGUUCCCUCAACGCUUCUCUCUUCCCCUCUACUUAUACCCCAAUACCCCGCGAUUCUGCAUAAUCACAAACUUUGGCCUCCAAGCUUCGGGAAUGUUCUUCCGACGUUCAACAUCCCGAGCGUUGUCAACCCCACCAGAGGAGGGUAACGUUAACCCUGACAGUACCACAAACAGCUCGAAUGAGAAACGGGUCCACCUGAAAGGAACUCAAGCUGAGGAUCUUGACACUACGAUGACAACCAUUACUAGCCCACCGACAGCACCGACGACACCGAAUAAGAGACGAACCUCUCUUGAGACUCUUGUUACCAAAAUACGGCUGCCUCGAAGCCCAAAUCGAGAUGAAACCCACAAACAUAGUCCCAAAAACCAACGAAUAGAAUCGACUUCUGGUGAAGAACCCAUAUCUCAUCCAGGGCUAUCUGAAUCCCUCGCGUCACCUCAGAAGGCAAGCAUCAUCCAUAGGGAUACAUUUAUGUGUUCUGGAGGGGUGAAUUUGGCCAGGCUGUUGGGUAUGACGAGGCAAACGAUCUUGGAGAGAGCCGAAGAGGCUGGAGCGAACUGUCUGGUUGAAGAAAAGUGGAAAUGUGUUAUCACUGGACCUCGUCGUCCCCGAGGAGCAUACAAAGUUCAUAUUCACUAUUCAGCUUUCGCUGCCAAAUCAAAGGAAUCCGAUCCUCAUAAACCUGUUGCUUUGGACAAUGCACAGGGUGUACCCGGCCUAAUGACUAUACUCGAACGACAAGAAUGAACAAGUCCCCUCUGGUUGGUAUUGAAUUUUGUUCGGACGUUUCUUCGCGUCAGGUCACCCCGAUGUUCCAGCAUAAAAUUCGACUUCGUUUGGUUCGCGUGGGCUCAUGAUUAGUUCUACUUACAGCGCUAGUUUACGUUUUUGCUUCUUACCGAGCUGUACAACUAUCUUCUCUUUUGUAUCACCACUCCACCCACCUUCCUUUACUUCAUAGUCUACAAUACGAACUCGACGAGAUACGAUGAUAUGUAGUGUAAUUUAAGUUUAGUUUCGUUUGAAUUGAAAAUGCGGACAUGGAGUCGAUUUAGCUCUACAUAAACUCCA